AUGGAAGAAACCAUUGAGAAAUAUCUCACUGAUAAGUUCAAAACGAAGUUGCACAACAGCCCGAGAGUUCGAUUCUUUCGCCAUUUCGUAGAACUAGAGUCUCUGAUCAACAAAAUCACAACAUCUGAGUCCCCUCCAAAGAGAUCAAUCAAGGGGCAGCUCUACUGCCUCAAUAAUAUCUUGGAAGAGUGCCAGAUGCUAGCAAGGAAGCAAAGCCUCUCUCUUCCAACAGUUCUAAGUCCCUCAAAAUUUCAAAUCAGUAGAACCUUGGACAAGAUCAAACAGGAACUUCACCAGAUCAUAGCAAAUUCGCAAGAGAACUUCCCUCUUCUGCCUCAGAGGCUAGAAGCUUCUCGAAGAAGCUCCAGAUGGGUCGAUCCACCGAGAGUCCACGGGCUCGAGAAUGAAGUGGUGACUCUGGAGAAAAUGCUUCUCCAACCAGGAAAAUCGUCCGACUCUUUCCAAGCAAUAGCAAUCAUCGGCAUGAGUGGCGUCGGAAAAACGACACUAGCCCAAUUGGUAUACACCAAAGAAGAAGUGAAGACACAGUUCCUUCCAAGAAUCUGGGUAUCGUUAUCCCCACAGCCCAACAUGGCCGCGAACCCAAGGGAGGCUAUCGUCAAAAAGUUACUGGCCUGUCUAGGAGUUGAAACGGACAUAAUCAGCUCGAUCGAGAACCACGGCCUCCGAGGCCUACUCUACGCUCUCCACCUGCAACUCCUGGGCAAAAGGUACUUGAUAGUGCUCGAUGAUCUGUGGGACUCUAACCCAUGGCACGAUAACGACGCCUGGGAUGGAUUGCCCAAAGGCUAUGGUGGCUCAGUCGUUAUCACAAGCAGGUCAGAGAAAGUGGCCAACAUCAUGUCUAGGGAAGACAACGUGCUCCACUUGCAACCACACAAGAACCCUGAGAUCUGCUGGUGUAUAUUCAAGGAUGAGGUCGAGAAAGAUGGUGAAGAAUUGGAUGAUGACAACAUCGACAAGCUGAAACCAGAGGUUGAAAAGAAGAGUGCUGGUCUGGCACUAGCUGCAAAAGUUAUGGGGGAGAUUUUCUAUGAGAAGCGCAAGGCCAAGGAGGUGAGUGAGCAUGGUGAGAUUCAUCCUCAAGAGUCCUAG